CUCGACGGGGGCGCCAAGCCGAUCGAGGUGACUACCGUGCUCUUCGUGGCCGUGCCCACGGUGAUCCUUCCCAUUCCGGUGCUUCGCCGACGGGAGUUCGCGCACGGCUGCGGCGCCAGGCAGCUUUCGUGCGAGAGACGGUGCAGGGGGGCGCUGCGCUCCUUCAACGCACUCGAUGCCCCGUCUCGGGCCUUGAGGGCCCACCAUGCUCCGACGGGGCGGCGCCCGACUUUGGCGCAGCGUUCCAUCCUUCGCAGGACUUGGGCCAAGGUGUUGCGUUUCCCCUCUCGGCCAGCUGCGACGCCGAGCGACGCCUUCUACGGCCUCCUGAAGUCCACGGACAUGCGCUCAGACCAGCCCCAGCACCUGCGACCUUACGACCCGUCGAAGCUUCGGGUCCUCAGGGGCCUGGUCACGCCGCGGCCGCUCCGCGAUUGGCUGCCGCCGGCUGGCGCCCACGCCCUCGACAACGCUGACAGCGUGAUCUACUGCGCCGCCUCGGAGAUUGACGCGCUGACAGAGCAGGGGCUCAUCACUCCAGCGCGGCCUUACUGGGGCCCUCGCCUCCGCCAUGACAGGGCGGCUCGCAGGGACAUCGUCAUGCGCCUGCGCGCCGUGGGUCUGGUGGGGUUCCGGCUGGGCAUCCGCGCCCAGAUCGGAGCUUUCUUCGUCGCCAAGAAGGACGGCAUGCUGCGCCUAGUCAUCGACGGUCGUGAAGCUUCGAGCCUACACCGACGGCCUCCUCACUCUGCUCUCGGCUCUGCGGGAGCGCAGGCUGGCCCUGCCCUCUCACCUUCGGCGCUGCGGAGGGCGGGCCUCGCUGACACCGAGGUCGACCCGCGUGGCGCUGGCGUGGACCUGCGCGACGGGUUCUACCAGUUCGUCGACGACGACCUCGCGGACUGGUUCGGCUUCGACUUCCCCGAGGCCGCAGGCUACUUUGGCGAUCCCGACGUUUAUUUCACGGACACGCGCACUUUCGGUCAGUCCGCGGAGACAGAGGCUGUCACUCGCCUUGCUGGAUCCCCAUACCCGCGUGUGAUCUCGGACAAGAGGGCCGCGCCGACCUUCGCCCUGGGGCGGCCCCUGGCGUCGCCCUACGUGGACAACGCCACCCUCUUCGGCGUCUGCGCGGAGGACAUCGGCGCGGCCCUCGACGAGGUCUGCGCGGAGCUGGAUCGCCUGAACCUCGCCUACCACGAGAAGGUCGAGACGACCCGCCUCUACGAGUCCGUCGGGGUGGUCUUCGAUGGGCAGGCGCGGAAGCUCAGGCAUACCGACAAGAGG